UCUCCCGCGCAGGCGUAAUGGUAGGAGUCCCUGCCCUCAGACUCCUCCGACUGCCACGCGCGGCGCGGGUCUGCAAAAAGAGUAGAAAGGGCGGCGAACAGGACGAGGAGUGUCGGUGAGCAACUGGAGAAUUGGGCGAGGAGAGAAGAGGUUCCCAUGGUGACGAGGCGAGGUGCCUAUUGGCCUCGAGGUCAGAGCUGUCCAUGUGAAAAGGGGAGAGAAGAGUUUCACACGGAACAUGGACAAAGGACUGGCACACAUUAAAGAAGAGGACUGUGAGUGGGGUGCACCAGAGGAUAGUAAAGAGCACCGGUUAGCUUUUAAAGAGGAGGAAUUUGAGGUAAACAUUGUUGACAUUAAACUUGAAGAUACAAAAGAUUUCUCAGACAGUUUUGAAUGUCAAAAACAGGAAACAGGGAACAUUCUCAAGCCAGAUAUUGGUGAAGAGUAUCCUUGCAGUUCACACCGCUGGUUCACCAAUACAGGACAACUGGCCAGCCAUUGGAAUUGUACGGAACUGAAGUCUGAGUUUUCGGAAAUAAGUGAAGGAAAAAGAAGUGAAGGAGAAGAACCGCAGUCAACUAGGAGUAUUAGAAAAAAUGUACAAGAGAACAGCAGUUUCUCCAUAUCUUCAUUUGCUCAGACCUGUCUUCAAGAUAAUAAGAAGAGGAAAAAAUCAACAAUAGGAUCAGAAUAUUUGACAGCAGCCUCCUCCCAGUGCAAUUCUGUUCCUGCUUCCAAACCGACACAGACAGGAGCCAUUGAUGAUGAAGAAGAAGAUGUACCUAAUACAGAUCAAGAGGCCUUGCAUACCAGCGGAAAGUGCAGAAAUGCUUCCAAAAACAAAUCUGCCUGUACAGAUGAAAAGUGGACUGACUCCAAACAGAAGCCAUAUUCCUGUUCUGAAUGUGGCAAUUUAUUUUCACGAAGACACAGUCUUUACUUGCACAAGCGCAUUCACAAUGGCGAGAAGCCCUAUUGCUGUCCAAAAUGUGGCAAACAUUUUUCACGAAAAGGUAAUCUUCAAAGCCACUCACGAAUCCAUACUAGAGAAAAGCCUCAGUGCUGCUCUGAAUGUGGCAAACGGUUUUCUCACUGCACCAAUCUCCAAAGACAUAUGAGAAUUCACACUGGAGAGAAGCCGUAUUGCUGUUUUGAAUGUGGAAAACAAUUCUCCAGCAGCAGUAACCUGCAAAGACACACACGAACUCACACCGGAGAAAAGCCAUAUGGUUGUGCUGACUGUGGGAAACGAUUCUCCGACAGUAUCACUCUACAGCAACACACACGGAUUCAUACGGGAGAGAAGCCAUAUGGCUGUUUGGAAUGCGGCAAACAAUUUUCUGCCAGUAGCAGCCUCCAACGACACACACGCAUUCACACUGGAGAAAAGCCGUAUGUGUGCGGUGAAUGUGGCAAACGAUUCUCUGACAGUAGCAGUCUUCGGCAUCACACAAAAUUUCACACUGGAGAAGCCAUAUUGCUGCUCGCAGAGACUGAAACAGUCAUAUUCUUCUCAGGGAUAGGGGAGGUGGACAGUCCACCAAGAGCGCUGUCAGGACCACUCACACUAAGCGCAGAGACUCGCAGGCAGACGAGGCUACAUGGUGGACAGGAUGCAAGGCACACGGCGCUGGGUCCAGAGAGAGAGAGAGAGAAGACUCACGAGAGGACCGAGGAGAACCAGCGGACAAGAAACAAGCAUUCGGUGAACAGAGGGGUUUCAUCAUGCCCAUACUUGAAAAGAGAGAGAGAGAGAGAGAGAAGUUUUCCAGGAAGCAUGGCCUCCAUCAACAGUGAAGGCCUGGAUGAAAGACUGGCACACAUUAAAGAAGAGGAUUGUGAGUGGGGUGCGUUAGCACAUUUGUGUGUGAAAUGGGAGGACUGUGAAAGCAGAGUUUCAGUUUUUCCAGAGGAGGAGUCCGAAGGGGAAAUUGUUCAGGUUAAAGUUGAGGAUUCAGAAGAGUUCUCAGUUAGUUUUGAACUGCCGGACCAUGAGAGUGGGAAUCUUUUCAAGCAAGAUGUCUCUGAAGAGUCUCAUUCCAGACUGCAGCCCUGGCUCAACAUUACGGGACAACUGGCUACCCGGCAGAAUUCUGUGGAACCGAAGUCGGAGUUAUCAGAGUCUGGGGAGAAAAUCAGUGAAGGAAAUGGGAGCGAAGCAUAUGGGAGUGUUGGAAUAAAUUCACAGGAGACUGGCAGUUUCUCGCUAUCUUCAUUUGCGCUGAAACCCUCACAAGUUCAUACUGGAGACAAGCCAUAUUGCUGCUCUGAGUGUGGUAAACAAUUCUCCCAAGAAAGCUAUCUUCAACGCCACAAAAAAAGCCACAAUGGAGAGAAACCUUAUUGCUGUCCAGAAUGUGGCAAACGAUUUCUUAAAAAUAACACUCUUCAAAAACACAUCAUAAUUCAUACUGGAGAGAAACCCCAUGGCUGUUUUGAAUGUGGUAAACGAUUCUCACAAAUAAGUCAUCUUCAGAGCCACAGAAGAAUUCACACUGGAGAGAAACCUUUUUGCUGUUCCGAAUGUGGCAAACGAUUCUCUGACAGUAGCACCCUACGAAAGCAUAUUCGACUUCAUACUGGGGAGAAGCCAUUUCGCUGUCCAGAAUGUGGUAAACAGUUCUCACAACUUAGCAAUCUUAACAUCCACACAGUAUUCCACACUGGAGAGAAACCCCAUUGUUGUCUGGAAUGUGGCAAGCGAUUCUCACUACUACGACAUCUGCAGAGGCACACAAUAAUCCACACUGGGGAGAAACCUUAUUGUUGUUCUGAAUGUGGCAAACGAUUCUCUGACAGCAGCGGUCUCCGACAGCACACACGAAUCCACACUGGAGAGAAACCUUAUUGCUGUACUGAAUGUGGCAAAAGAUUUUCCCAAAUAAGCAAUCUUCAGAUCCAUAAAAGGAUCCACACUGGAGAAAAACCUUAUUGCUGUUCUGAAUGCGGUGUACGAUUUGCCAAAAAUAUCAGUCUUCAAAAACACAUAUUGAUUCACAUUGGAGAGAAAGUGUGAAAGUGCUGGGAUCAACAGGACUAAUAAAGAGAAACAUUCAGGCCCAUUUUCAUGUUCUACUAAAAACUCUAACCUCAGAUGAACUGCAAAAAGAAGUCUUGUUAGGAGCAAUGCAGCUGCUGUGCUGGACUCUCGCUGCAAACUUAAGGGAGUAAGAAAUAAAGCGGUACAAGUGCACUGCCCUGACUAAAGACUGAGGUUCACUCCUGUCUUGAUUUUAACCCUUAAACCGCAGAAAUUGGCUAUAGUUGGUUCCCAGUGUAAUUUGCCAGCAUGCCCGCGCUGAUCAGUUUGUACCGUACCACUGGCGCCCCCUAGCGAAUGAUCAACCUCACUGUCCCUGGGAUUCAGCCGCUGCACUAGAAGAGCCCAUGAGCAUCAGCGUUGGCCUCUUUUGUGGUUGUGCAGCCAGUUCAAGCGCAGUUGGCUUGGUGAUUUACUGAAUCUCAUCAAUGGCGUCAGUUGCACCUUCUACAUAUAAUAAGAGAUUGUUGCAGUAGUUAUUUUUUUUAAUAGUUUUUACAGUUCAUUGGCAGUGUGUAAAAUGAUUAGUGUUGCAGUACUUGUGAUGCUCCUUGCAUGUGUUCCAUUAAAAUUUCACUUUUUCUUCUUGAAUUGUGACAUUUCCUUAAAAAGUGCAGCAAAAAAGUAUUUGGUGUCUGGGGGUGUAUUAACCCCCCCAAGUUAUGUGGCAGUUUAAGGGUUAAGUGAACCAAAAAAAUCGAGAAAUUUAACCCCCAACAGAAAUCCUAUCGCUGUCUCGAAUGUAGCAAACAGAGGGCACAAAUGAGCCGCCAUAUCUUUAAAGCUACAAAAGGAUCUGCACUGGAAAGAAAUACACGCCUGGACCAGGACAACUUCAUGUCAGUAACUCAAAAAAGAAACGGAAGUCUCAUGGAACCAAAGCCCAGCUGUUACUGAACAUCAUGUUCAUGGAGUACUGUGGAAAAGGCAGAAGCCUGAGCGUGGUAUGGCUUCACAACAUAAAAGGCAUUUGGCAGAAUACCUCACUCUUGGAUCCUGAGAUGUCCAAGUCUAUGUAAAAUCCACCCCAUUCUGGUAACUUUCAUCUCCAGUGCCAUGUCUUACUGGCAGACAGCCUGCAUCUUCAUUGUGACAACAGACGAGUCAUCACUAUUCCGAACAUAAAUAAUAAGAAUUUAUUCGAGGAGACUCUUUAUCACCCUCACUGUUCUGCCUGCCAAUUAAACUCCAUCCUAAAUAAUCUCGACCACGGAUUUAAUAUCAGCUCUCACAAUCAACCAGACCCUCCGGCGGUCACUCGCCUCCUGUUUAUUUGCGAUUUGAGCAGCCAGCCACUGGAUGAGCAGCUACACGCAAUAAAAUGUUGCUGAUGACAUCUGAGUGGCAUGUGGGAUUGGCAAGGGUGCCAAAGCUACCUUCAUCAAUGCAAAGGUAACCUCCACUACCAGUAUGAAGUCUCGAGCGGGAGAGUCAAAAUUAAGAACUUGAACUCAGACGAAACACCAGGGCGUAAAUGAAGUAACAGCCAUUAGCCACAAGAUGCUAAGACAGACUGCCAUCAAGGAGUACAUCUGCAGAACAGAAAGGAUCCUUAAGACCUCCCUCACAACACGUAAAUCGGUUUGCAAUCCCUGUGCUGUCCUACAGUUUUGGUACAAAUGAGCUUCAUAAACUUCACGCCGAAUCGAGACAACAAUGGCGCGCACUCCAACACAUUUUCAAGAAUCGGUGCAUGCCAAGAGUCUAAUAUCCCAAGACCAGAUGGAGACAUGGGCCUAUUUGAAACUGACUACACUUACAGAUCAGCAAUAAUUGAACGACAAACUGACUGGAUGAUCUCCAAGGACCUGGAUAUACAAAAAAUAUUCAACCAUCAGGUAAAAAAGCCCAAAACAACCUCCCCAAUUUAACUUGCUCACCUGUUAGAAAGUGAAGGAGUGACAGAACCCUAGACCUUGUGCCCAGUACAGCAUGUGCUAAUUAGCAGAUUGAAGAAUUCAAUAAAAGCAGAGCAGCAGACAAGGACAAACCACAACAGGGGUGACCUUCCUGCUCCCAAAAUCUGAACAAAGUCAUUUUCCUAAAGGUUACCACCAAAUAAACCCUGGAAGAUAACUCAUUGUUAUCCAGUUCAUUUUCCUAAAGGUUACCACCAAAUAAACCCUGGAAGAUAACUCAUUGUUAUCCAGAAUGUGGAAAUCGAUUCUUACAAAAUAAGAAGUCCCGAAAGCCACAAAAGACCUCACACUUUAGAGUCUCUUAAUUAUGGCUGGAUAGGACAGCGGGCAGCACACCAGGCAAUUUAACUCAUUGAUAUAAGAGAAUGGCCCCACAUGGUCAGGUCUGGCUGGAUGGGGGGGGGUCAGUCUAAGAAUCGAAGUUUCAACAAAGUGACAAAAAGAAAAAGAAAUCGCAAGCAUUGCAGCUAGAGGAAGACAGCAGAAUGUGGGAGAGAACAACUGAAGUUGCGCCAGAGGUGGUGGCAUCCACGGGUCUGACUCAAAAGAACACCCGGGUCCAUCGUGGCAUCCCGCCGAACCUCAUAGGAACUGUCAAAGGAAAACCCGAGUGGUGUUGUGUGUUAAACGCUUCUCAGACAGACAUCUUCUUCAGCAGUGUUUUUGUAGUUUUAAGAUACAUUUUUGGUUUUGCUUAAUUUGUAAUUUUAUUUGUUUAGUUUUAUUGAGUUGUUCAGCAACUACCUUUUCAUUUGUGUCUCUUUCUUUCUUUCUUUUGUCCCAUUUUAUGUUUAUUGCUGGCCAAACUAUUUUGUAAGUCUAUAAAUUCCAUGUAUAUCUAAAACUGUGUACCUUUUGUACUGUACACAGGUCAGUUUAAUGCAGGCAACAUGAC